UGUAACGAAGAAAAUACAGUCAAAAUACUUAGAAGGGCAAAAUGAUAAUUUUUGAAAUCAGGAUUUUUUUUUAUAAAAAAAACUGACUCUCUCUCUCUCCUCCCUCACUCUUCUCUCUGCCGCAAGCAGCCCCUUCCCCUUGUUUUUUUUUCUUCCCAGCCAUGGCUUCCAAGAGCCACCAUCGCUGCCACAGACCACCACCGGCCACGAGGUUGGAAUCGAUCGAACCACCGUCGCUCCCUCUUCCUUUUCCGACCAGCCCUGCCCCUGAAACCGCUGGAUUCUGUCGGAAAAAGCUCGAAAUCGCGCCGAUUUUGACAGAAAAUUCGCCGGCUUCGUUCGUAGUCGUCCGACCACCAUUUCUGACGAUCCAGGCACCCGGGCACCAGUUGACCCGCAGGAGGGACCUCCAAAAAGUUCAGCGAGCUCGGACUAGCUGCCGUAGACGUGCAUCUGAAAGCCACCACAGGGCAGUUGCCGCUUCCUGCAUCUCGUUAGCUUAGUGUAGGGUCCUAGACCUUCCAAAUGCUCUUCUUGUAAAUUAAUCUUUAUAGAUGCUCUGAUAUUGUCCAUGGGCUUAAACUUUACUGUUGAUUGUAUAUAAAUACGCAUGCUGGAAGUUGGGUUAUGUAUAUAUGCUUGUCUUGACAUUUGUAAUUUUGAGGAUUGA